AUUAUUCGCAUGUCUCUUCCUUUCCCCAAUUAAAAUUACCCCACGCUCUCCCACACUAACAUAAACACCGUAAUCCAUUCUAUCGCAAGUGGUUGCUCUAUCGGAAUGUUUUUUUUUGUUUUUGGAUGAAUGCCAUUAUAGAAUGUGAGUGAUACUGCGACUCUUUCGUAAUCUCCUUGUUACAUUCGGGAAGCAAGAAAAUUAUGUAGGAUUCUCCCCUUUCAUUUCAUUUCCUGUUCAAAAAUAUUUCUUUUACAGAAAGUUCUCCUUUUUUUGGUUCUUGAUUUCAAUAUUAUAAGUUAGAGCCAUUUAACUCUCAUGCAGAUUCUGGGGCGUUUUCGUUUAUUAGUUGUUAUUUGCGCUGUUCUUGAUUUGUACGAGAGAUUUUUGAAGAGCCUUCUUGGGUUUGUGGUCAUGGACUGCGCUGCAUGUAUGAAGUUUCUGACUCAGGGUGGAAGCUUUGGAUGUGGGUUUUUGGUUUUUGGGUGUUUCUCACAGGUUGUCCAUUUUUUGGGGUUGUUUUUUAUGUUCGGUUUGGGUUUAAAGGUUUUGCAACUUGGUUGUCAUGGAAAGGGUCUGGUACAAUUUUUGUGUGAAUAUAGAGGGAAAUCGAGUGGUCUAAGAAAUGGGUUUUGUUUGAAAAAUUGUGUUGCUGACGCAUGUGAUUCAAAGGCCAUGCCUUGCGAGUGUGACUCGUUGAAAUUCUUGGAGAAUUCGGAGUCACUCAGUAGGGAUGAUUUGCUCGUAAGCAGAGAGGUAUUGGAUUCAGACGACGAUGUUAAAGCAAAUGAUGUUUUGGAAGAGGAUGAUGAGGAAAAAGAUUCUUAUGCUGAGGAUGGAGAAUAUGAUGUAAUGGCAUUAAGAAAAUUGGUGAAGAUAGAAAGACAGCGAGCAGAUGCUGCUUAUGCAGAGCUUGAGAAGGAAAGAAUGGCUGCUGCAUCGGCAGCUGAGGAGACAAUGACCAUGAUUUUGCGCCUUCAAAGUGAGAAGAGCUCCACAGAGAUGCAAGCCAAUCAAUACCGCAGGUUGGCCGAGCAGAAGCAGCAAUAUGACCUAGAAGUAAUACAAUCUUUGCAAUGGAUUGUUAUGAAACACGAGUCCUAUAGGAGUCUGUUGGAAGAUCAUUUGAGGUUGUGCAGGCAAAAGCUGAAGCUUUAUACAAAGGGAGAUGAAUUGGAUGGACUUGAAGGGAUUGAUGCAAGUAUGCGUUUUCUGAACACCCCUGCAGCAGAUGGUCUGGAUGAUGGGCUAAUUGGCUCUCUUGACAUGGAUUAUCCUUGAUGUUGCAAGUUACCGAGUAAUACAUUGAUGUAGCUUUGUUCCAAACUAUUUUAGUUUAUGAAUGUACAUGUAGAUGUCAUUGAUUUUAAAUUUUUGAGUCGGAGAUCAGAAUUUCAUACUGCUGAGAUCUGUUUCUCCCUUCUUUUCAGGGUAGCAAAAUGAAAAAUUGUCUAGCUUUAUAUCUGUCAUGUUGGUUGUUUUGUGAUGCAAGAUUUAUAACAAGGAGUUGGGUGAAGGUGGAUUGGUA